AUGGAGGCGCUGAAGCAGAAGGCGAAGGACAUGGUCACCACGCGCGAGGGCGCGCUGGGAGCCGUGGCGGUGGUCGCCGGCGCCGUGGGCGCCUACUUCUUCUGGCCUGCCGGUGUGGCCGCCGGCGCCAUGAUGAAGGCCCCAGGCGCCGCCGGAUUCCUCAUCUCACGCGCGGCCUUCCUGGCCAACCCGCAGCUCUACUUCCAUCUCCUGCGCACCGCCGGACCCAAGGCAGCGGCCGCCGCCUUCCUUUAG